CAAGGCUUGAGGACACAUUCUCCCAUCUAACAUGGCAUCACACGUGGGGCAGGAGGAUGCAGCCGAUCAAGUAGAAGAUAAAUCAACUUUUAAAGACCUGGGGGUAGUCGAUGUCUUGUGUGAAGCCUGUGAACAGCUGGGAUGGAAACAGCCAACCAAGAUCCAGAUUGAAACUAUUCCUGUUGCCCUGCAAGGAAAAGACAUAAUUGGUCUCGCUGAAACUGGCUCUGGAAAGACUGGUGCCUUUGCUAUUCCAAUUCUUCAGUCUUUGCUUGAAAGUCCCCAACGGCUUUAUGCUUUGGUUCUCACCCCCACCAGAGAAUUGGCUUUUCAGAUUUCAGAACAGUUUGAAGCUCUUGGCUCUUCAAUUGGUGUCAAAAGUGCUGUGAUUGUAGGGGGCAUUGAUAUGAUGUCACAGGCAUUAACACUGGCAAAAAAGCCACAUGUUAUAAUUGCCACACCUGGGCGCCUUAUUGAUCACCUGGAGAAUACAAAGGGCUUUAAUCUGAAAGCACUGAAGUAUCUGGUGAUGGAUGAAGCUGACCGCAUUCUCAAUAUGGAUUUUGAAACCGAGAUGGACAAAAUUUUAAAAGUUAUUUCCCGAGAUCGGAAAACAUUCCUGUUCUCUGCUACUAUGACAAAAAAGGUACAAAAGCUGGAACGAGCUGCUCUUAAAGACCCAGUAAAAUGUGCUGUUUCUUCCAAAUAUCAAACCGUGGAAAAGCUCCAGCAGUACUAUAUAUUUAUUCCUUCUAAAUUUAAGGACAGUUAUCUUGUGUAUGUUCUAAAUGAACUAGCUGGAAAUUCUUUCAUGAUCUUCUGCAGCACCUGUAACAACACACAGCGAGUGGCUCUACUGCUGCGCAACUUGGGCUUUACAGCUAUUUCUCUACAUGGGCAAAUGAGUCAGAACAAGCGACUUGGCGCUUUGAAUAAGUUCAAGGCAAAAUCUCGGUCCAUCCUCUUGGCAACAGAUGUUGCGAGCCGUGGUCUUGACAUUCCACAUGUAGACGUUGUAAUGAACUUUGAUAUUCCUACCCAUUCAAAGGAUUAUAUACACAGAGUAGGGCGUACAGCUCGAGCUGGAAGAUCUGGUAAAGCAAUAACAUUUGUGACUCAAUAUGAUGUAGAAUUGUUUCAAAGAAUCGAACACCUGAUUGGUAAAAAGCUCCCAGCCUUUCCAACACAAGAGGAGGAAGUGAUGGUUCUAAACGAAAGAGUGUCAGAAGCCCAGAGAUUUGCUCGUAUUGAGCUAAGAGAACAUGGAGAAAGAAAAAAGCGUCCACGGGAAGAGAUGGCAAAAGACACAGAUGGCUAUUUAGGAAAGAGUGAAAAAGUGACUGGAGGAAAAUUUAAGCGGAAAGUCCACUGAUUAUUGCUGAUUAAUUCAUCAUUAUUGAUAAGUGACUGCUAGGACAGCAAUGAUUUUUUUCAUGUUAUUGGAAGACUUUUGUAUACUGUACAGUUGUCCUUUAGGAUUCCAGUGGAAGAGAUCCACUGCUUAUUUCUUCUUGGUAAAACUUAAAGCAGGUUUAACAUUUUUAAACUACCGGUAUAUUCCUACGUAUCAAUAUUUUGUAUGCAGAAUGUAAAAGAUGGAAAAACAAUGCUUCAAUUGAAGCUUUGCUACCCAAUACGUUGUAAAUAUGAAUAACAUUUGUUACCACU